AUGGUUUCAGCAGUUUUUGAAAACGGAAAUGCUACUUUUACCAACUUGUUACAACACACUUCCUUUAGAUCUACCCUUCAAAGCAUCUAUCAAUAUCAACCACAAUUAAAUGUCAUGGAAAAGUAUUGGGCCGCAUGGUACACUUAUAUGAAUAAUGAUAUUUUGGCUACCGGUCUACUGUUCUUCUUAUUACAUGAAUUCAUGUAUUUUUUCAGGUGUUUACCCUGGUUUAUUAUUGAUCAAAUCCCAUAUUUUAGAAGAUGGAAAUUACAACCAACAAAGAUUCCCAGCAAUAAAGAACAAUUUUAUUGUUUGAAAUCAGUCCUUCUCUCUCAUUUCCUAGUGGAGGCUAUCCCCAUUUGGACAUUCCAUCCAAUGUGUGAAAAAAUUGGAAUUGUAAUCGAGGUACCAUUCCCAAACUGGACAACUAUACUAAUGGAAGUCUCCUUAUUUUUUGUUCUUGAAGAUAUAUGGCAUUAUUGGCUCCAUCGCCUUUUCCAUUACAGUGUCUUCUAUAAAUAUAUUCAUAAACAACAUCAUAGGUAUGCCGCACCCUUUGGUUUAGUAGCAGAAUAUGCACAUCCAAUUGAAACUAUGUCAUUGGGAUUCGGAACUGUCGGUAUGCCCAUUCUUUACGUUUUGUAUACUGGCAAGUUACAUCUUUUCACUUUAUGUGUUUGGAUUACCUUAAGGUUAUUUCAAGCCAUUGACGCUCAUUCUGGAUAUGAUUUCCCUUGGUCCCUAAAUAAAUUUAUCCCAUUUUGGGCUGGAGCUGAACAUCAUGAUUUACAUCAUCAUUAUUUUAUUGGUAAUUAUGCAUCGUCAUUCAGGUGGUGGGACUAUUAUAUGGAUACAGAAGCUGGUCCAGAGGCUAAACUAGAAAGAGAGGAGAGAAUGAAAAGAAGGGCAGUAAGUAAGAUGAAGAUGAAAGUACAAUAA